CAAAGAAACGUUCAAGCAGUGUGUUGUAUUGGAGCAGGAUUUUAUUUCGAUCUCGUUGUUGAUUAAUUGCUUUUACUUUCAGACGUUUGAGAGGAAACGAAAAAAAGCUCUGUAUGAAGCUUUGGAGAAGAUUAAAGGAGAGCUCAUGGUUUUGGGAUUCAUUUCACUGUUACUGACAUUUGGGCAAAACUACAUUGCUAAGAUAUGUAUUCCCAUAAAAGUUGCCAAUACUAUGCUGCCAUGCCCAGCCAAGCAUAAGGAGCACAGCGACAAUGGAGGUGAACAUCAUAGAAGGCUUCUAUGGAAUGGGCGUAGGAUUUUAUCAUCCGAUAGUGCACCCGGGGAAUGCAAGGAUGGACAUGUACCGCUGAUUUCUCUCAAUGGUUUGCACCAGCUACACAUCUUCAUAUUCUUUUUAGCUGUAGUUCAUGUCAUCUAUGGUGCUAUAACAAUGCUGCUUGGAAGAAUGAAGAUCCGAGGAUGGAAGGAAUGGGAACGUGCAACUGGUCAAGAUGAAGUAGCCAAUGAUCCUUCAGUUUUCAGGCUUACGAAAGAGACUUCUUUUGUGAAAGAAAACACCAGUUUCAUGACUCAAACACCAAUUCUUUUCUACUCUGUUUGCUUCUUCCGGCAAUUUUUUAGGUCAGUUCGUAGAGCUGACUACUUGGCAAUGCGCCACGGAUUCAUUUCGGUCCAUUUAGCUCCAGGAAGUAAGUUUGAUUUUCAAAAGUACAUUAAAAGAUCAUUGGAAGAUGACUUCAAGGUUGUUGUUGGAAUUAAUAUGGUGUUAUGGUUGUCAGCAGUGCUCUAUCUGCUGCUGAAUGUUAAUGGAUGGCAAGCUAUGUUUUGGCUGUCCAUAAUGCCUUUAGUUACAAUAUUAGCAGUUGGGACAAAGCUUCAAGCAAUAAUAGCACAAAUGGCCAUUGAAAUCCAAGAGAGGCAUGCUGUAGUCCAGGGCAUACCUCUUGUACAAGUUUCAGACAGACAUUUUUGGUUUAGCAAGCCAAAGUUAGUCCUUUAUCUUAUCCAUCUAACCCUAUUUCAGAAUGCAUUCGAGAUAACAUACUUCGUCUGGAUAUCAUACGAGUUCGGGCUUCAUUCCUGCUUCCACAGUAACUUCUAUCUCGCUGUUCUAAGAGUUUGUCUUGGGCUUGGAGUACAAUUCUUGUGCAGCUACAUUACGCUUCCAUUGUACGCUCUUGUUACCCAGAUGGGAUCAACCAUGAAGAGGUCCGUAUUCGAUGAUCAGACUUCAAAAGCCCUGAUGAAGUGGCAUAAAAAUGCCAAGGACCAUAUAAAUGUUCCAAAGCCAGGAGCUAUCAAAACGACAACACUAGGAGGUAGUCCGGGCGACUCCCCCGACAAUUCCCCCCGCGGGCACCCAUCAGGUGCUAUGAAUGUGGUCGGCGUGGCAAACCAAAACUCUGGACAGAUGGCUAACAUCAUUGCCAGUGUGGAUAUUCCAUUGGACAGUCCACCGGGCGAUGGCAGUUUCUCUUCUUUUCCUUAUGUCCUUUUUCUGUUUGUUCCUGCUCGUGGGUUGCCACUGCCAUCCAAUGUCAACCUUGCUACUUGUUCUUUCUGCCGCCAUGAAGCUGUGAAUGGUGCAUUGGGAGUUGUCGGCGUUGGUCUCAUGUUGGAGAGUUUCUGUUCGGAUUGAUCAAAGGGGAUAUAGGGACACAGAUGUGCAAUUUGAAUUGAAUGUUCCAAAUAGCAAAGUUAUCUCAUUAUAGAACUUGUUGGUGAUACUUAUGUGUUGAACCGAAAUUAUGAAAUAUGCCACCUAGUAGUAUUAGACGGAUCUGAAUUGAAUUUGAUAUAUAAAUUACAUGUAGGACUGAGGAAUUUUACUUUAAGUCAUGCAGGUAUCGACUUUCACCUAAUGGUCUCUAGAAGGAUAGAGUUUACAUCUCUCUCAGUUUCGCUUGUUAAAAAAUCUAUGAAUCAAGUUACUCAUUAGUU